CUACGACGUAUACAUUUCGGAAUGCAGAAGCGGUGGGCCUGUGAAAAGAUGGUGUUCUAAAGGCUCGAGACAUUCGUUCCGUGGUCGUUCCUAGCUGACGAACCGUGGUUGCCAGCCAUAUUGUUUUACCGCAGUGUUUGUUUUGGUGCAGCCUUGUUCGCGUACAACGGAAUCCGAAGAGAUCGGCUGGAAGGAAGCUAGAACAGUCGAAGUGCACUCUAAGAAACUGUUCAGGCGGUGCGCGUAUACGGUGGUUUUGCUGUAUUUUUCGGCAUAAUCAUUCGUUGCUCGCGGGCUAAGCCUAUAAUAAUCUGUGGGUGUCAGUCGUGAGCCAGGACGGUGAACGGCAGAAAUGGCCUGCGCCACUUUAAAGAGAUCUUUGGAGUUCGACCCGGUGCAUAGUCAUGGUCGUCCCAGUAAACGACGAAGAUGCGUGCCGAUGUGUGUUUCGCCCGGUACAUCGACGCAGGCCAACUCCAGGCCACAGAACCCUUCGCCUUUCGGCGAAGUAGCCCACAAACUGACGCCUGAAAAAAUGGCUGCUAAUAUAAGAGAAGAAAUUCGAAGACUGCAUCGGCGCAAACAAUUACAUUUUAGUCCACAAACUAAUAAUGGUGAUUCUUCGGACAUGGAAGGUCCUGCUAGUCCUUCAAGCCCAUCUGUGUGUGGUUCAAAUUCAUAUAGUUAUAGUCCUAGUGGAAAGGAAAAACCGUUAUUCACUUUCAGACAGGUUGGCUUGAUUUGCGAGAGAAUGCUUAAGGAACAAGAAACACAGAUUCGAGAAGAAUAUGAUCAGAUUCUAAAUAUGAAGCUGUCCGAGCAAUAUGAUGCUUUUGUCAAAUUCACCUAUGACCAGAUACAAAAAAGAUUUGAAUCUGCAGCAGCGCCAAGUUAUCUAUCCUAAAACAAGAUUCUUAUUUAUAAGAACAUGUUUCUGUGAAGAAUAUUAGAUUUCUACUGUGUGAGACAAAUUUUGCUUGAAGUUUCAAAUGAGGUAAGCAGCAUCGCCUCGUUCAAGAAAAUGUCUUUAAGAAAAUUCAUAUUGUAAUUUACAUCUAAAAAAAUCUGUCUGGUAAAAAUGAAAAAAAAAUUAGUAAUGUAAGUUUAGUAGGUUUGCAACAACAGCAAUCAUACUACGAAAAUCUACAGUGUAUACUAUUGAAUUUACAUGAACUAACAAUAUUUGUACUGGCUGAUAUUAGAAAUGCGCUGGUAUCAGGGAACUGUACUAAAAUUCAAGUUAUGUACAAAUGUUAAUAUAGAAGUUGCACACAGUGUAUAACUGUGCUUGAAGAUCAGGAGACAAGAAGCAUCUUUGAUUUGUCCAGGGUUCUGUAACAUCAAACAUAAUUUGAAAUUAGAUAAAUGUUUAUUCCUUAGAAAUUUCAAUGGACUUUCUUACGAACUAUCAAAGAUUAACGAUGAAUUAUUCUUUUUCUUUUCACGAUGUAAAUUGCCAACCAUCGCUCAACUUAACGCAAUAACAAAUACUCUAAUAACGCAAAAAUGUGAAAAUGUACAUGGAAGUAUUUCAGAGCAAGCAUUGUUUACUGAAAGAAAACUUAUGAAACUACAUAACGGGGGAAGUUGUUUCCAUGGCUUUUUAAUUACACUUUAUUUAAGAAAGUAAAGUGAAGAAUAACAUAAGCACUUUAUAUGUAUUUAGAUAAUUUUAUUUUGACAAUUAUAAAAUCUUUUUUUUUUCGUUCGCGUGUACAAUUGUAUGUACAAACUAUUACUGUGAACAACAUUCCCCUAAAUAUACUCUGAAGAUUGAACGAGUGAGGUAUAAAAUUUUAAGAACAAUUUUACAUGCGUCAUUUGUCAUACAAAGUAACGUUUAUUUGAAUUUUUAUACGUUCUAAAAAUUUCUCUUAGUACAAUUUUUUAUUUAAAAUUCAAAUACGAAUAUUUGUAAAGGAAAAAAAGGAACGUAUGGCUUAUAACAUUGUACGAACCUAUUGUCAAAAAUGAGUAUUUGAAAUAAAGAUUUCAUAAAAUUUUGCAAAUAUUUCUGUUCCCUGGUAGCAACGACUUUCUGUAGCAUAAUAAAGCAGUAAAUAAUGAAUAUAUAUACCUAUACACUUUAACUGUGCCUAUUAUUAGACAUAUUUAUCGCGAUAAUUCUAGUAUAUAUUACUUACUGUUAUUGACCUUAAAAUUGUUUAGUUUAUAGUCAUUCGUUUUUAUAUUGUAUCUCGUUUUCUUGCGUUUAAUUUUGGUCUUUUUCUUUUUAUUACAAAGAAACCAAAUAGGCUGUAUUUAAUUAACAUUAAUCUGAAAAGCUGUCUGCAUAUUGCAAAUUCAUUUUAUUACUAUUUAAGAGACGUAUAUUCGAAAAUCGAUUGUUUCUCCAAUUAUAAAAACACAUUUUGAAGAAGGGCAUUAACAAUUGCCUUGUUCAUUCACAAAAAAAUGGUGUCUUUCAGUUACCAGAACGAUUUUGGGAACACAUUACUAAAUAGUGUUUGCACAAUAGUGUGUAAAUAAUAUACCAAGUGUUUAUUGACUACUGAAUGUGAAAGAAGAAAGAAAUACAAGUGGCUUUAGUUAUUAACGAUAAGUAAUACCUACUUGAGAAACAAUAGAUAUUGUUUACCAUUAAGAAAAAUUUGUGAAAAAUACACCGAAGUGAUUCCUCAGUCA